AUGCACGUCCAACAUCAAUCUUACGCUCAGAUUCCAAUCAUAUCAAAGUCUCAAAUGCAAGGAAGCAUGGCCCUAGACCGUAGGGUGGGUGUGAGGUCAUUGGAAAGUGGUAUUUGUGCCAACCGCCAAGCAAUGGGCAUGCAAUCUAACUGGCCCUACAAAUUACAAAUCUCUCUGCCUGCAUUAUUUAGUAGUACUGUCCUUUACAUGGUUGUCUUGGUCUGUCAAAAGGGUACGGAUGGUCCUAUAGUUGGUACGGGCCAAGGGAAAAAGCAGUGCAAAAGUCAAGUUAUGCAGGCGUUAGCAAUAGCAACCAAAGUAAGCAUGGUUAUAAUACCGUUGAGGAGUGAAGCUGAGUACAGAGAAGCAACAGCUGUUCGAUUGCAUAUGCAAAUGGCUUCACUGUUGAACUGCGCGUCGAGUGUUCCAUCUACCAUGGUUAAGUCAGAGCACAAGAUCAAAACUGAACCAUCAUCGAAGGCAAUGCCGUCUAUAUCAUUGUCAUCAGCAUCAGCACCAGCACCAGCAUCGGAUAGCAAGAAGAGGAAGUACAAGGGAGUUAGAAUGAGGAGCUGGGGGUCAUGGGUUUCAGAGAUUAGAGCACCAAACCAGAAAACAAGAAUAUGGUUAGGCUCUUAUUCAACCCCAGAGGCUGCAGCUAGAGCUUAUGAUGCUGCACUUCUAUGCCUCAAAGGCUCCUCAGCAAAUCUUAAUUUCCCUUUAAGCUCUUCACAAUAUAUUCCUGGAGAUGCUGUCAUGUCCCCCAAAUCAAUUCAAAGAGUUGCUGCAGCCGCUGCCAAUAGUUUUGACAGGGCCACUAUUCCCCCUUCUGCGUCUCCAGCCUCAACCUCAUCAUCAUCAUUGGUCUCAUCCCCCUCAAUGGCCUCCUCUCCUUCGGAUCAAGUUGAUGACGAUGUCUCACUGAUAUCGUCUUUGGAAGCCUACACUAGUUGUGAUCAAGCAAAUGAAUCAAUGGCUAUGAAUGUGAUGGAACCUUGGUACACUUUUGGUGAUAUCCAAUCCCCCAAGUAUGUUGAUCAGAUGUUAAGUGGUGCUUUCUUUGAUGUUGAUUCGUCCCAUCUGCUUGAUGAUCUAUACGAAGAAAGCGACAUUCGGUUGUGGAGCUUCUGCUGA